AGUCACUUCAGCAAGCCUGGCCUGCACCCCGCCAGCGCCGGCUACGCGUGCAGCAGCAGCUCCAGCACCGCUCCCGUCUCCUCCCUCACAUCCGCAGCCCACUCCAGUCCACAUCCCCUCUACAAUUUCCCCCCAACCCCACCGAAAGACGUCUCACCGGACCCCGGUCCUUCUUCUCCGAUCUCCACCACUGCAAGAAUGGAUGAAAAGGAGUCCAUCAAGUACCACGUGUCCAUCGCCGAUGGGAUGAAAAUGGAGGGAUGUAGUCCUCUUCGGGGAAGCCUGGCUAUGAGCGCCCAAACACCGUCCACGCAUCAUCCCAUCCCAACCUACCCAACGUACUCUCUGCCCACGCCACACGAGUACGGCGGGGGUCUGUUUCAUCCUGGUACCCUCCUCAGUGGAUCCGCUUCAAGCUUUACACCUAAAUGUAAAAGCAAGACACGGUCGUGCUCAG